AUGUAAAAAAUCAAUUUCCCACAAUGCAAAGUGGGCGACGAAGUAAAUCGCGCCUGCGCGUUACGCAAUCCCUCUUUGGACCUACGUCUCCACUGAAACGAUGGCCAAGCGCACCAAGAAGGUGGGGAUCGUCGGUAAAUAUGGGACACGUUACGGCGCGUCGCUGAGGAAGAUGGUCAAGAAAAUUGAAAUUUCCCAGCAUGCGAAGUACACCUGCUCCUUCUGUGGCAAGACUAAGAUGAAGAGAAGGGCCGUUGGUAUCUGGCACUGUGGGUCCUGCAAGAAGACGGUGGCUGGGGGUGCCUGGACAUACAACACCACGUCUGCUGUCACAGUCAAGUCUGCAAUCAGGAGGCUGAAGGAGUUGAAGGACCAGUAAACCCAUGCAUCACUAAGGGAUUUGGGACUUUUUCUAUAAUUUAAUCCAUCUGGACAUGACCUCAACAUCUGAAAUAAAGUAGUCUGGAGUGGAG